GGAAGCAAUUUCCCCCUUCAUAUUAUCUGUUUUUUUUUCUUUUCUUUGCUCAACAGCGGACGCGUGUUCUAUGAGAAAUAUUUCAAUGGGCGGCUGAAACUGUGAAAAGAAGACAGAUGUAGUUCGGCGCUGGAAGAGGUGAAGCACAUCCCCCAGCAUGUGGAAACGUCUCACUGAAUAUGUGUAUGUAAAGAAAAUCUGAGGAAAUUGCUGCUGAUGAACGACAAGACGAGGCGUUUGGUACAGAAUAAUGGCAGCACCUGAUCUCCUGGAUCCAAAAUCAGCAACACAUAACUCCAAACCUCGCCUGUCCUUUUCAAUCAAACCCAUAGUUUUAAAUUCAUAUGAUGACAGUGACUCAAUCAUAACAGUAAUGAAGUGGAAAAAAGUCUCUGCCAUCUUUCUUUUGGUUGUACUGUAUUUGAUCAUUGGUGCUACAGUGUUCAAAGCCCUGGAGCAGCCUCAUGAGAGCUCGCAGAAGCUUGCGAUUCUGGAUGGGAAGCUGGAGUUCCUAUCUAGCCACUCUUGCGUGAACUCCACCGAGCUGGAGGAACUCGUUCAGCAAGUGGUGGCAGCAUUAAGAGCUGGUGUUAACCCCUCUGGAAAUUACUCCAAUCAGACCAGCAUAUGGGACCUUAGUAGUUCCUUCUUCUUUGCUGGCACCGUCAUAACCACCAUAGGCUUUGGAAAUAUUUCCCCACAUACUAGAGGUGGGAGAAUAUUCUGUAUCAUCUAUGCCUUGCUGGGAAUUCCACUCUUUGGGUUUCUUUUGGCUGGAGUUGGGGAUCAGCUGGGGACAAUUUUUGGAAAAGGAAUAGCCAAAGUUGAAGACAUAUUUGUUAAAUGGAACGUGAGCCAAACCAAGAUACGUGUGAUAUCUACCGUCUUGUUCAUCCUCUUUGGUUGCCUGCUGUUUGUAGCCAUCCCUGCAAUCAUAUUCCAACAUAUAGAAGGCUGGAGUACACUUGAGUCUAUCUAUUUUGUUGUUAUCACCUUAACGACUAUUGGGUUUGGUGAUUUUGUAGCAGGUGGAUCGGAAACUGAAUACCUGGAUUUCUAUAAACCGGUUGUAUGGUUUUGGAUCCUGGUUGGCCUUGCUUACUUUGCUGCUGUUCUUAGCAUGAUAGGAGACUGGUUCCGGGUGAUAUCCAAGAAAACAAAAGAAGAGGUGGGAGAGUUCCGUGCCCAUGCUGCCGAAUGGACAGCUAAUGUCUCGGCAGAGUUCAAAGAGACUCGCAGGCGCCUGAGUGUGGAUAUCUAUGACAAGUUUCAACGAGCUGCUUCCAUCAAACGCAAACUGUCAGCGGAGCUGGGGCUCAACCCCAAUCAAGAGCUGACUCCGGGCAUGAGGACUCUCUCUGUUAACUUUACAGAUGAACGAGAAAGAGAUGCCCCCCAAACCUUGACAAAAAACGACAGCCUUUACCUGAAUGGCUUGAGUGCACAGUACGCCAGUGGGGAAAUUGCUGUCAUUGAACACAUUAAAUAAAACUAACAAUGGAUGCUGAUUCAUUCACAGUAAUUUACAUGGUAUCUAUGGACUGCAUUGAACCCAGUAUGUACCAGUGAUAUUGGAUUACAAGAGUUUACUGCACUUUGAGCAUUGGUAGGUCAAGGUGAAAUCAAUGUAUAUUGCAUAAAAGCAAUGACUGUCAAGUGAGGGUAAAUCCUUUUUUUAAAUGAAUCAGGAAAUCAGCUUGGAUAAAUUGGCUCAGUUGAUACAUCACCAUAUGUGGCUUGGUGUGGAUGCUGACAAUUUGGUUGGAGCAUCGACUUUUUUAUUGACUACUGAAUAAGAAACGCUAAUGGAUUACUUCAUGCCUUGUACCAACUGCAUCUGUGUCUACAAAGGAGAAUUUCUAGCUCUAAUUACAGGCCCUUAUAUCUUGAAGUGGAGGCGUAGCUUUUUUUUUUUCUUAAGGAAAUUGAAUAGUGCCUUACAUAAUACCCAUCUUAUAAAUAUUGCAUGUUUGAAUGAUUAAAUUAAUUACUCUUUUUUUAUAAAACUGAUAUCCACCUGAAUGUGAGGAUUGUAAAUGACGAACAUAAUGGACUGAAGGCAAACCCAAAGGACAUCAAAGUAACACUUGUAACACAAGUUUAAUUGACUGCAGUUGCAAAGGCACACUUUGGUAAAAUCUUUUUUUUUUCAUUCCCAUAAACCUACACAGAAAAGCAAAUGUUUUUCAGUUUAAACAGCAGGUCUGUCUGAAUAGGUUGAAAUGAUAUCUCUUUUGUGUGUUGAUAUAUCUAAAUUAGCGUCACUGGCCUUGGUUUCACAUUAAUGACAUUUAAUAAUUAUCUGUUUUUAUCACAUGUAUAUCUUCAUAAUUGAUUGACCAUGUUAUAGAGCAUUAUUUUUUCCAGACAUAAAGUAUGUUGAAAAAAUAUAAACAUGAAUCUUAGAAAGUAAGCAUGCUUUUCAGUUAUCUGUAAAUUCAGUAAUAUUAACUAAACUAAGGGGGACAUGUAUCAAGAUCGACCAGCACAGUGCUAAGUUGGCGGAGUGUAAAGUAGCGCUCUGCCAUGGCACAAAUGUUACCACAUCCCGAAUGUAUUAACUAGCCCAAACUUUAUGAGGCACGGCAUAAGCUGGCACAUUUAAAUGCAAAAUUUCUGCUGCGCCGAUGUUCUGAAACCUCAAAAUGGACUACCGGCAGCAGUCCAAAUGGGCUACCUCAAUUGAACAAUAGUUAGGUCAUUUGGCAAUGAGCCGUGUUGACAAUGGAUAAAACCAAAUAUACAUAAUGAAAAGGAUGUGAACCAAGUUUAUUAUACGAUGAAUUCAAACAAUUGUAUUUUACAAACAAUAAAAUAGCUGGUAUCGAGCUAUAAUUUAAUUCUCAGGGAGAUCAGAAAGGGUAAUGCAGACCCUAAAUACUCUCCCUUCUUCUCAGUACUCUUCUUCUGUUCCUGGGUUGUUCAGGAGUCUGUGCUUUCCGUUGUAAGAAAUGCCCCCGAACAUUGACAAUAGCACUAAUUUCACGGAAAUCGUGUAUUUGACUGCCUACUGUGAAAAAUGUGCAUUUUAUUUUCCGUACAGUAUUUUACAUUACUCUUCACCUCCAAUGUUCAUUUCAUACUUUUAUCAAGUAGAAGCAGCGCUACAGUAGCUGUACACGGUCCGGCUCAAUGCCAUGCAUUUGGUUACUACGACAACAGGGUCAAACAAAAACCGGCUUCAUGAUUGGUGAAUUCCUCAUACUGUGCAAUAACAUUUUUACAUACUACUAAUGUACAGUGUUACAAAGAAAAGCACAAAAGCUUCGGUUUUGUCAUUUCAGGUUUUGCAGUUAACGUGUUUAAUACCAAUACAUGUUUAAUACCUGUAUUUUGGGAUUAGAGGAAGCAAAAUAGGCUAUGAGAAUUACACAUUUUAAUUGAUGUGUCAACCUAAGUUUUAAAGGUUUACAAAACUCGAAAAUGUUGCUGAAUUUGUCAUCCAAGGUUAUUUUUAAAAAGUCUAUUUUGUCUGCUUGUUACUUUUUUUGCAGACCAUUUUAAACGUCUUGUUUCCUGAGGAAGUUUGUUACAUUUUUCAAGAUGUUUCAAUAGCGAAUAGUGUUACAAUGUGAAUUUUUAAAGAGUUGACUAGGAGUAGCUAGGCUAAAUGUUAAAAUGUUUCAGCCUUGGCUUUUGGGUGAUGUUCUUGAUGAACUAUCAAUGAUAACACAUUUUAGGCGACUUACAUCAGUAGAAUAUAAUGUAAAUAGAAAAUGUGUUGUUUUUUUUAUUUUUUUUACAAAUGUCGGUUUUGUGACACACCAUGAAAUUUGUUGUUUUUUUAUUGUCAUUCGUGAUUCUUUUAAAAAUACAGUGAAUUUUCUGGGCCCCUCUAUGACUGCUACCAUAAUGCUCUUUCCUAUCAGCUGCUUUCUGGCUUUCUUUGCACCCAAAUAAGACCAAUUUGAAAUCAGUCUUAUUUGUGGACCCGUUAAGGGUUGGUGCAGCUGUUCUGCCGCUUCAUAAAUCUCAUUUUAAUAUCACAGACUUUGUUUACAAAUGAGCCCCACCUACAAUUUGCCCAUGCAUAUAAUUAAGGCUAAAUGCAUGGCUAAUGAGCAACAGAGUGCAUUGCAUGGCGAAGCACAUUCUGGAUGUGCUAACAUGGCCUUAACUUUCCAAAAGUGUCAUGAUACAUACUGGGCAAUUGUAAGGCCGGCAUAAACUCUGUGCUAUGGCCUUAAUGCCGUCGCAAAUGCUUGAUACAUGUCCCCUUAAGUUUUUAGUUUUGACAAACCUUUAGAGCUGCGCUUGUGAAUUGAUUGAUAUAUAUAUACAGUACUGUGCAAAAGCUUUAGG